UGAACUUGUUGGACACAUCGACCAUCCAUGGAGACUGGGGCUGGCUCACGUAUCCGGCUCAUGGGUGGGACUCCAUCAACGAGGUGGACGAGUCCUUCCAUCCCAUCCACACGUACCAGGUGUGCAACGUCAUGAGCCCCAACCAGAACAACUGGCUGCGCACCAGCUGGGUGCCCCGAGACGGCGCUCGGCGGGUCUACGCUGAGAUCAAGUUCACGCUGCGUGACUGCAACAGCAUGCCCGGCGUGCUGGGCACCUGCAAGGAGACUUUCAAUCUCUACUACCUGGAGUCUGACCGCGACCUCGGUGCCAGCACGCAGGAAAGCCAGUUCCUCAAGAUCGACACCAUCGCGGCUGACGAGAGCUUCACCGGCGCUGACCUGGGCGUGCGGCGGCUCAAACUCAACACGGAGGUGCGUGGCGUGGGGCCCCUCAGCAAGCGCGGCUUCUACCUGGCCUUCCAGGACAUCGGGGCCUGCCUCGCCAUCCUCUCUCUCCGCAUCUACUACAAGAAGUGCCCCGCCAUGGUGCGCAACCUGGCGGCCUUCUCGGAGGCGGUGACCGGGGCCGACUCAUCCUCGCUGGUGGAGGUGCGGGGCCAGUGCGUGCGGCACUCGGAGGAGCGGGACACGCCCAAGAUGUACUGCAGCGCCGAGGGCGAGUGGCUGGUGCCCAUUGGCAAGUGCGUGUGCAGCGCCGGCUACGAGGAGCGGCGGGAUGCCUGUGUGGCCUGCGAGCUGGGCUUCUACAAAUCAGCCCCUGGGGACCAGCUGUGUGCCCGCUGCCCCCCGCACAGCCACUCUGCAGCCCCUGCUGCCCAGACCUGCCGCUGUGACCUCAGCUAUUACCGUGCAGCCCUGGACCCGCCUUCUGCAGCCUGCACCCGGCCACCUUCAGCACCAGUGAACUUGAUAUCCAGUGUGAAUGGGACUUCCGUGACCCUGGAGUGGGCCCCUCCCCUGGACCCAGGUGGCCGCAGUGACAUCACCUACAACGCCGUGUGCCGCCGCUGCCCGUGGACACUGAGUCGCUGUGAGGCAUGUGGGAGUGGCACCCGCUUUGUGCCACAGCAGAAGAGCCUGGUGCAGGCCAGCCUGCUGGUCGCCAACCUGCUGGCCCACACCAACUACUCCUUCUGGAUUGAGGCUGUCAACGGUGUGUCUGACCUGAGCCCCGAGCCCCGCCAGGCUGCCGUGGUCAACAUCACUACAAACCAGGCAGCCCCGUCGCAGGUGGUGGCCAUCCGGCAGGAGCGCGCCGGGCAGACGAGCGUGUCGCUGCUGUGGCAGGAGCCCGAGCAGCCCAACGGGAUCAUCCUGGAGUACGAGAUCAAGUACUACGAGAAGGACAAGGAGACGCAGAGCUACUCCACGCUCAAGGCGGUCACCACGCGGGCCACCGUGUCGGGCCUCAAGCCGGGCACGCGCUACGUGUUCCAGGUGCGAGCGCGCACCUCGGCGGGCUGCGGCCGCUUCAGCCAGGCCAUGGAGGUGGAGACCGGGAAACCCCGGCCCCGUUAUGACACCCGGACCAUCGUCUGGAUCUGCCUGACGCUCAUUACAGGCCUGGUUGUACUUCUUCUCCUGCUCAUCUGCAAAAAGAGGCACUGUGGCUACAGCAAGGCCUUCCAGGACUCUGACGAGGAGAAGAUGCACUACCAGAGUGGGCAGGCACCCCCACCUGUCUUCCUGCCUCUGCACCACCCCCCAGGGAAGUUGCCAGAGCCGCAGUUCUAUGCAGAACCCCACACCUACGAGGAGCCAGGUCGGGCGGGCCGUGGUUUCACCAGAGAGAUUGAGGCCUCCAGGAUCCACAUCGAGAAAAUCAUCGGUUCAGGGGAGUCUGGAGAAGUCUGCUAUGGGCGACUGCGGGUACCGGGGCAGCAGGACGUGCCUGUGGCCAUCAAGGCCCUCAAAGCUGGCUACACAGAGAGGCAGCGGCGGGAUUUCCUGAGUGAGGCAUCCAUCAUGGGCCAGUUCGACCACCCCAAUAUCAUCCGUCUGGAAGGCGUUGUCACCCGUGGCCGCUUGGCGAUGAUCGUGACCGAGUACAUGGAGAACGGCUCUCUGGAUGCCUUCCUGAGGAUCCACGACGGACAGUUCACCAUCAUGCAGCUGGUGGGCAUGCUCAGAGGAGUGGGUGCUGGCAUGCGCUACCUCUCAGACCUGGGCUACAUCCACCGAGACCUGGCUGCCCGCAAUGUCCUGGUUGACGGCAACCUGGUCUGCAAGGUGUCCGACUUCGGGCUCUCCCGGGUGCUGGAGGAUGACCCCAACGCUGCCUACACCACCACGGGCGGGAAGAUUCCCAUCCGCUGGACGGCUCCAGAGGCCAUCGCCUUCCGGACUUUCUCCUCAGCCAGUGACGUGUGGAGUUUCGGCGUGGUCAUGUGGGAGGUGCUGGCCUACGGCGAGAGGCCCUACUGGAACAUGACCAACCGGGACGUCAUCAGCUCUGUGGAGGAGGGGUACCGGCUGCCUGCGCCCAUGGGCUGCCCCCGAGCCCUGCACCAGCUUAUGCUCGACUGUUGGCACAAAGACCGGGCCCAGCGGCCUCGCUUCUCACACAUCGUCAGCGUCCUUGAUGCGCUGAUUCGCAGCCCGGAGAGUCUCAGAGCCACGGCCACAGCUGGCAGGUGCCCGCCCCCUGCCUUCGCCAGGAGCUGCUUUGACCUCCGAGGGGGCGGGGGUGGCGGCGGGGGCCUCACCGUGGGGGACUGGCUGGACUCCAUCCGCAUGGGCCGGUACCGAGACCACUUCGCCGCCGGCGGUUACUCUUCCCUGGGCAUGGUGCUACGCAUGGACGCUCAGGACGUGCGCGCCCUGGGCAUCACCCUCAUGGGCCAUCAGAAGAAGAUCCUGGGCAGCAUCCAGACCAUGAGGGCCCAGCUGACCAGCACCCAGGGGCCCCGCCGGCACCUCUGACUCGGGGCAUAGGCUCAUGCCAGCUGUCAGAGGACCAGAUGCGCAGCGGUCAGAACAGCCUUAGAGCUCUUUCUGUCCCGCUCUCAGGAGCUAGGGAGGCGAAGGCUCUGCUGCAGUACCUGGAGUCACAAGAGUCACGCGCCUGGGCUGGGCCUUUGGUGCCCAGCAUGGCCAGGACAGCUGCCUCCUGGGGCAGAGGGCUUCCUCUCUGCCAGAGCCUAGGGCCUCGACACGCAGAGUCCAACAGAGAUGUGGCCCCUGCCUCGUGCGUGCAUGUGCGUGUGUGUACAUGAGUGUGCUGUGGGGGUGCAGCGGGCAACGUGUGCUCACCUGUGUGUCCACGGUCAGGUCCCAGCACGCCGUGCAAGUGUUAGACGUGUGUGCUUGUCUGUUGGGGCUCGGGCCACACACGUGUGACGGUGGCGAUGCGUCAUGAAUCAGGAACUCACUCAUGUGCGCACGGAACUCAGUGUGGCACUGCCCGGGUCCCGGCACCACGGGCACUGAGCAGAGGCUCUGACCCGCAACCCCCAUGUCUGGAGGUCGGAGCCAGAGGCUGCUUCUGAACCACACCAGCACUGGGCCCGCCCUGGCCCCCGCCUAGGUGAACCCAUCCCCGGCGGUAUCUCAGGUCCGGGGCCUCCCUCCAGCUGGGGGGUACCUGCAGCUUCCACCUGGCUCCCACUGCUGCUCCACAGGAAAACAGGGUUCCUGGCCAGUCCCUCUGGCCACCUUUCUCAUAGGCAUCAGGGCAGGGCACUCAAGACGCCCUCGGCUGGACUGGGCUGCCUGGCUGGGGCCAAGGGGCUGUUGACUCCCGUCUGGUUCUGAUGCCCCCUCCAGCACCCAGGUCUCCUCCCGUGGAAGCCUCUUUGCCAACACCUCACUGCCCAGCCCCACCCCAACCCCUGCCCCAUCCUUCUGUACCAUACGGGGAGACUGAGGGCUGGAGAGGGGUACACCUUAUCCAAGGUCACACAGCAACCGAGUUUCAGAGCUGGAGCCUCCUGCCUCCCAACCCGCGGCUCGUUUUCCCCGUUCACCUCCCCAGGCAGCCAGCUGGGGUGGGAGGGAGGGGCCUGGGAAGCACCCCCCCCCCGACUGAUCCCCCCUUACGGCCCACCAGGGUAUGUAAAUAUCUCUUUUCUACCAUGUCAGAAUAUUUUUUCCUCACUCUUGACAAUGCAAAAAUGGUCUUCAAAGCACAUAAAAAGCACGAAGGGUGAGAAAGGCCCAUCCCAGGGAAGUCUGGCAGACAGAGCCCAAGGGGACCCCCCCCCCCGUGUCCCCUGCCAGACCCAGAGGGAGGGGUCCCCCAGCUUCCAGCCCCUGCCCAGCUCCUCCCCAUAGCCAGCACAGUUACCCCGCGAGACACCAGCACUGAGCUCCCUUUCCCUUCUGCAAUAAUUUGGGGAGUCUCAGCCCGUCCAGGUGCCGCGGCCAGCUCUCUCCACCUCUAUAUAUUAUAUUACUAUAUAGCCGAGCUGCUCUUCCUUCCUAUGGAAGUGGGAAACACGGUCAGAACUCGAGGGGGGAGGACCCUGUGUUCCUCCCCACCCCACCCCACUCACCCGGUUUCUGGGCUUGGGAUCCUCACUGUUACAGGGUACGUGGGCCUGGCACUUGCUGAAGUGUGGCCCCUGCUCCACGUGUGGGUCCCCCUCGGGUCCCAGGGGUCUGCCUCUCAGUGGUCCCCAGCCUGAGUGUUGAACUUACCCACAAUGAGAAUAAAU